AUGACCGAAUGCCUGAGUCCGGCCGCAGAGGCGCCGACCCGCUUCACCGAGGCGUCGGCCGAGGCGGACCUCGCCUGGUUUAGGUCUCAGUGUGCGGCCGACGAGGCAGCUUACAACGCCCGCCUCACGCUGCAGCCAGCGCUGCGCCUCUCGGUCACGGGAGAGCAGACUCGUGCCGGUCACGCCGACGUGGGCAGCUUUGCUCGCCGCCUCGAGUGCCUGCGACCAGAGGGUGGCAGCUUCGUGGGCCGGCACGAGCCGCUGGCUCAGCGGCUGAUCUCCGGCCGCGCUUGCCCUCACGCACUGUGCGACCCGUCCAACUGCGGCCUCCACCUACGCGACGCGGUCGUGCUGCCCGAGGAGGCGCGGCGGCUAACCGCGCACGGCCAGGAGGUGAUCGAAGCGGAGGACGGCGCCUCGGCGCACCGGCCGCAGGGCGACCUGCUCUACAUGCGCUCGCGCCGAGUCGACUUUCUCGAGAUGGCGACGCGAGGCUCGCAGGCCGGCCACCUCCUCACGCUCCGCGUCACGGAGCGCCUCCGCCGCAUCGUCGCCGCCAUCUUUGGGCUGCCUCGCUCGCACCUCGUCCUCGCCGAGCACUUUCUGACGCUGCGCCAGCCCGGCCCCUCCCUCGAGGCGAGGAUGCACUGCGACGAGGCGACACUUGCUAAGCAGGAGACCCCGUCCGCUCGGCCCCGGGGAUGGGCUGGGCGCUUCCACUUCUCCUCGGUGCUCUGGCUGAGCGGCGCGGGGGCGGACUUUGACGGCGGCUCCCUCUCCUUCUUCCACAACUCGACGCGCCCGUGGCUCGAGGCGCAGGACCCGGGCGUGGAGCCGCUGCAGCCGGGUGCGGGGUUCGCGGCGGCGUGCGUCCGGCCUCGCUCCAGAGCUUCGUACGCGAUGUGCCGCCAGCAGUGGGCGACGGCGAUGCAGGCUUGA